AUGUUUGCUUUCACUUCUCUUGGUGGUAAAGUAAUAGACUCAGUGAAUGAUGGAACUGGCCCACCACAAUUCAUCAUAAGUGGUCAAAAUUAUCAUAGGAUUGGAAGUUUAUUACCUCAGGCUGGUCAAGUUCCGAAAUUUGCCCAAUUAUACAUAUAUGACACAGAACAUGAGUUAACGCAUAGAGAAGGAAUAUUUGGGCAAAGUUCAAAUAUAGAUAGACAGCUGAUAAUUGAUUUGAUCCAAAUGAUUGAUCAACACAAUCCUAUAGCACAAUCAUUUAGAAGAGUGAGGGAAUUCCAUGAGAAUCACCCGUCUGAGAUGUUUUCUUUGAAAUUGUUUAGUCAAAGAGAACGUGAUCGAAGAGUUUAUAAUUAUCCUUCGUGCGAUGAAGUUGCUGCUUUGGUUGUUGGUGAUUUUGAUUCUUCUGAUACUGGUCGUGAUGUCAUUGUUAAAUCUGCAGCUGGCCAACUUCAAAGAAUAUAUGAGACACAUGCUUUAUACUGGCCAUUGCAAUAUCCCUUGCUUUUUCCUUACGGGGAAGAUGGUUAUCAAUUGGGUAUUCCUUAUCGAGAUAUUCAAGAUAUAAAUGUUGCAGGGAAAAGGACUAGAGUAUCCAUGCGAGAAUUUAUCUGUUUUCGUUUGCAAAUGAGAGAGGAUGAGGAUAGCAUUAUUCAUAAGUCUAGAAGAUUGUUCCAACAGUUUGUUGUUGAUUCAUUCUCUAUGAUUGAGUCACAGAGGCUUUAUGAAAUCAGGAAAAACAGAGCACAAUUAGAGGAGAAGUCUUACAAGGUAUUGAAGAAGCUAUGCGACGCGGUGAUACUGAAGCAUCAUCAAUUGCAUUUUGGAUAUCCAGAUCUAUUUCUUACCCUUACUUGCAAUCCUAACUGGCCUGAGUUUCAAAGAUAUACUAAUCGUGAUCAAGUUCCAAUUGCUGAUCGGCCAGACAUUGCUUGCCGAGUCUUUCAUGCUAAGAUGAAGUGUCUUCUUAAUGAUCUUAAGAGUGGUGUUUUUUUUGGUCCUCUUAAUGCAGGUAUGUAUACAAUUGAGUUUCAAAAAAGAGGUUUGCCACAUGCACAUAUUCUACUUUGGCUUGAUGGAAGGAAUAGAUUGCAGAAUAUUGAAAUUGUUGAUGAGUUAAUUUGUGCGGAACUUCCUAAUCCUAUGAAGUUUCCACAUUUGUAUAGUGUGGUUAGUAAAUACAUGAUUCAUGGCCCUUGUGGUAGGGUAAGACCAACUUCUCCAUGCAUGAAAGAUGGAAGAUGCUCCAAGUUUUAUCCGAAGCAGUUUGUUAAUUAUACGAGUUUUGAUGAAGAUGGUUAUCCUAUUUACAAGCGUCGAGAUAUUGGUGUUACAGUUAAAAGUCAUGGUGUUGAUCUUGAUAAUAGAUUUGUUGUUCCAUAUAAUCCAUUAUUGUUGAUGAAGUACCAGGCUCAUAUUAAUUUGGAAUUUUGCAACAAGUCAAAUGUUAUAAAGUAUCUUUUCAAGUACAUUAACAAGGGUCCAGAUCGUGUAACUGCAACUAUUAGUCAUUCAACUGAGACAACUCAUUCUUUUGAAGUGGUUGAUGAGAUCAAACAGUAUUAUGAUUGUCGGUAUCUUUCACCUUGUGAAUCUAUGUGGAGAAUUUUUGCAUAUGAAAUUCAUCAUAGAUGGCCACCUGUGCAAAGACUCAGAUUUCAUUUACCUAAUCAGCAGCAUGUUGUGUUCGAUGAUCAUGAUACUAUUGGCUCUGUUUUAAUAAGAAAUAGAGAUUUGAUGACAAUGUUUACUGCUUGGAUGAUGGCUAAUCGAACAUAUGUUGAAGGACGAACACUAACAUAUGUUGAGUUCCCAAGUAAAUUCGUUUAUGAUUUACAAUCUCGACAGUGGAAACCAAGAAGAAGGGGAUUUUCUAUAGGAAGAUUGAGUUUUGUUCAUCCUUCAACUGGUGAGCUGUUCUAUAUGCGUAUGCUUCUCAAUGUGCAAAGAGGAUGCACCAGUUUUCGAAGUAUAAGGACUGUCAAUUCUAUUUUAUAUGAUACAUUCCAAGAGGCAUGUUCUGCUAUGGGUUUUUUAAUAGAUGAUAAUGAGUUUGUCUUGGCCAUUAAUGAAGCGGCUGAGUUAUCUUCUGGCGCCCAAUUGAGAAAACUUUUUGUUUCAUUGUUAAUAUCUGGUUCUGUCUCUAGGCCCGUUUUAGUUUGGAAUCAAACUUGGAAAUAUUUAUCUGAUGAUAUCAUUUAUUACAGGCGAAGUGAGCUUCAUUUUCCAGGAAUAACAAUGACUGACGAAGAGUUACAAACAUUUUGUCUAAUAGAGAUAGAGAAAUUGCUACAGGCCAAUGGAAAAUCAUUAAGAGAUUUUGCUGGUAUGCCGCUUCCUAAUGUUAAUUUGGUCUCGCAAUUUAGUAAUUCUUUGGUGUUGCGUGAAUUAGAAUAUGACAUUUCUGUGAUGCUUGAAGAACACGAUUCAAAUUUUCCAAAGUUGAAUGAAGAACAGAAGUCAAUCUAUGAUAGGAUUAUACAUUGUGUUACUAACAAGGAACACGGGUUGUUUUUCAUUUAUGGAUUUGGUGGGACUGGAAAAACUUUUUUGUAUAGACUCUUAUCUGCCAAAUUGCGUUCUCAAAGAAGAAUUGUUAUUAAUGUUGCUUCAAGUGGAAUUGCUUCAUUAUUGUUACCUGGUGGUAAGACAGCUCAUUCUAUGUUUGGUAUCCCAAUUGAAUUGAAUGAAGAUACUAUUUGUAGAAUUCCGAAAGAUAGUCCUAAGGCUGAUUUAAUUCGACUUGCUGAGCUAAUUAUUUGGGAUGAAGCUCCAAUGACUAACAAGUUGGCAUUUGAAGCUUUAGACAGAAGUUUUCGAGACAUAAUGACGUCGAUUUCAGUGUCUAACAAAGAUCUACCUUUUGGAGGAAAAAUCAUUGUUCUUGGAGGUGAUUUUCGACAGGUUUUGCCUGUUAUUCCUAAAGCUUCUCGUGCUGAGAUUGUUAUGGCAUCAAUCAAUUCUUCAAUUCUUUGGAAGCACUUUGAAGUGUUGACGUUGACAAAAAAUAUGCGGUUAGAAAGUGCUACAAAUCAAUCAAAUCUGGAAGAAUUGAAAAGGUUUUCCGAUUGGAUUCUUCAGAUUGGAGAAGGGCGUAUUGGGACAAUAAUUAACGAAAAGCUUUUAGUUCAAAUUCCAAAUGAGUUUCUGAUUUUUCCUUCUGAUAAUCCAAUUGAUGAUAUUAUAAAUGCAAUUUAUCCUGACAUAUUUAGAAAUUUUGAUGAUACUGGUUUUUUCCAAGACAGAGCCAUAUUAGCUCCAACAGUAGAGAUUGUUGAAGAAAUCAAUGAUCACAUUGUUCAAUUGCUACCUGGUACAGAAAAAGAGUAUCUAAGUGCUGAUUCUAUAUGUGGUAGUGAUGCUUAUUGUGACGUUGAUGUUGAUUGGAUAAAUACUGAGUUUUUGAAUCAAAUAAAAUGUUCAGGGUUACCGAAUCACUCAUUGAAAUUGAAGAAAGGUGUGCCUAUUAUUUUGUUGAGAAAUAUUGAUCCAGCUGGUGGCUUAUGCAAUGGUACUCGCCUUAUUGUUAGAGAUCUAGGAACAAAUGUGAUUGGAGCUGAGAUUGUCUCAGGGAGUCACAUUGGAGAUAAAGUUUUCAUUCCUCGGAUGAAUUUAAUUCCGAGUGACGCUGGGAUACCUUUCAAAUUUCAACGGAGACAAUUUCCUAUAAACUUGUGUUUUGCAAUGACUAUCAAUAAGAGUCAAGGUCAAACUCUAUCCAGUGUUGGACUGUUCUUGCGUCGACCGGUAUUUUCUCAUGGUCAACUCUAUGUCGCUAUUUCUCGAGUGAAGAGUAAAGAUGGUUUAAGAAUUUUGGUAUCUGGCGAGAAAAAUGAUGAUUCUACCUUAACUCAUAAUGUCGUAUUUAAAGAAAUAUUUGAUAAGAUUUUAUAA